UUGGAGACACAGCCCACCCCGCCGCUGCUCCCCAGCAACUGGGUUUUGGAGGGAGGUUGCCCCCCAACCGGAGGUGACACUGAGUCUUCAAGGCCCGUUCCCCAUGAAUUUCUCCAGUUCCCCCUUAAAGCCAUCCAAACUAGUGACCAUCUCUGAGCUUACGGGAAUGAUUUGCCAGGCUUAUUUGCACAGUGCGGAGAUCUAUAUUUGCACUUUCCUCAUUACACACUGUACAUGAUUUCAUACCCUGGGAUCGUUCAUGCCCCGGCCCCCAUCUCGCAGAAAGCAGCUUAUCUGGGGCAGCAGCACAAAGGAUUGUGCCCAGGUGGAAGCAGCCGCCUGGUCUUUUGAGGCCCGAACAUCUGCACAAAGCAGAAUGCGGUCCAGAAGGAGCAGCGUCUCUUGGGGGGGCUCCAGAUCCAGCCUCAGGACUCCUCUGGUGCUGCCAGGUGAAAGUGCGGAGGAGGCCCAGCCCAAGGGUCUCCCUGGCCACAAAGACCGCCACUGGAGCUACAGAGACAUGCCAGAGUGGGCAUCCAUGUUUCCCAACUGCGGGGGUCAUAUGCAGUCUCCCAUCAACAUCGACACAGCAGCUGCCAGCUUCAGCUCCAAGUUGGAGCCCCUGCUACUGUCUGGCUAUGACGUGCCUCCCAAUGAGACGCUUCCUCUGAAGAACAAUGGGCACACUCUUCUUCUAGGUCUGCCCAAUAAAAUGACACUCAGUGGUGGUGGCUUCCCACAGCCAUACCAAGCAGUUCAAUUGCACCUGCACUGGGGAACCGGGCACACCAGGCCUGGCUCUGAACACACAGUGGAUGGGCACCGUUAUGCUGGUGAGAUUCAUGUGGUCCAUUACAGCUCCCAUUUUGACAGUUUCCAGGAGGCUGCAAGUGAGCCAGGAGGGUUAGCUGUGCUGGCUGCGUUCCUGCAGGUUGGGCUGGAAAUAAAUGAACCCUAUCAGCACAUCCUCAAACAUCUGAGUGAUAUCAAGGAGGAAGGAGAGGAAACCGUAGUUGCUGGCUUUGAUGUAACCAAGCUGCUCCCUGACAACUUCGAUCGCUAUUUCCGCUACAAUGGCUCACUGACCACCCCACCUUGCUAUCAGACGGUGAACUGGACAGUCUUUAAUCAGACGGUUCGGCUCUCCCAAGAUCAGAUCUCGGUGCUGGAGGAUACCCUUCAAGGAGAGGAUGAUGAGCCCAUUCAAAGUAACUUCCGCCUGCCACAGAGUCUUUAUGGUCGGAGCGUCCUUUCAAGUUUUCACAUCCUUCAAAGGGUUCAGCCACCUGGUGAAGGGCCUUCAGAGGGAGGUGACCAGCCAGAACCUGGAGCAGGCGGAGGUCUCCCCUCUUCUCUGCCAGACGGCACCCCAAGAGAAGGCCCUGUCACGGCUUCUGGAAAAGAUGUUGAGAAGCAGGUGGGCUCCUCCCUUCACACAGGGGACAUUCUGGCUAUUCUCUUUGGAUCUCUCUUUGCUGUCACAGCACUUGCCUUCCUCUUCUAUGUUCACAAGCACCGGAGCCAAACACCCAGGCUCAGGGCCGGAGCAGCAAAGCCUACUGCCAUCUACGCACCAGCCACCACUGAUGAGAAUGCACUGUAGUCGGCAGCCCUGGGCCCACUCCUCACUUCUUGAAGCCUCUGGCCACGCCAUUGGAGCGCCUUCCUGCCCCAGCCUCUCCAAACCUCCACGUGCCUCUCCCUUGCUAGUGUGGCACUCAAGCUGGCCUGAGGAAAGGCACACCCAAGCGCGAGAAGGGCAGGGCGUGAAGUAUCGGGGGGGGGGCAGCCUGGCCCUGGGAGAGGAUGAGGCCUGCUCAGCGGAGUUCAGCUGGUCUUCAGUGAGAAGACCCCCCCCCUUUGAACUCAGGUGACAUCAGGGCUGCCAGAGAAUCAGCCUCUGGACCCUGAAACGCACGGUCUGCUGUGGUUCCGGGGUAUAUCCAACCAGAAACCUGUCACCUACCUUCAGGCCCGCCCACAGGCUCUCCAGCAGGGAAGAACCACGCACUGUUCCAGGCGUGAUGGCACCUCUGCCUGGUUGCCCAGGGAGGCACCUUGGCCCAAGGCUUGCCCAGCUGCUGUGGAGAGCUUUGGUGCGCAGAAGGGCAGGGAACAGACUCGCCUUUCCUGAGAGCCAGGCUCUUUUGCUCACUCCCUGCUCGUUAGGAAGCCUGAUUGGCCAAAGGUCGGGCUGGCGCAAUUAAUGGUUUCUUUAUGGCCUGCACAAACACAAGGAGCCUCACCCGCUCUGCCGCCCUUCACCUUGGUUGAAGCCAAUGCCAAGCUCAUUUAGUGGCAUGGCGGCUGCUGGAUGAUGGCCAUGGCCGGAAAGUUGUCUACGCUCAGCCUUUUUCACGCAAAUCCCAACUGAAACUGGAUAUUUUUCUCAUUUCAAAAAAAGGUUUAUUUAAAGAGUGCGCUACUUUCCUCAACCCACUUAAACACGAUUCUUAAAAGAA